AUGGACCGACAUCCCGGUGGCCCCACGACCAUCUUGGCGUGGGCGGGAAAGGAUGCCUCGAAGUUCUUCAACGACAUCCACAAGGGCGUCAAGAUCGACGCCUACUUGCGGCCCGAGGCCUUUCUGGGCGACCUGGGUGUCGACGAGAACCUCAUGUCCGACGAGUUCUGGCACACGCUGCGCGAGGCCCGCAUUGUGGAGAUCCGUCAGGAGGUUGACCGCCUCCUGAACCAGUGCACGAAGACCCACAAGGCGGACAGCAUUCCACGCCUCCUCCAGGACAAGAAUGUGGAUCCUCUGCUGAAGACGAAGCUCCAGCGCCUGGAGACGCAGAAGCGAGCAGCCCUGGAUGCAGAGGAUUUUGCGAAGGCCGCUGAGGUCAAGCGUGCGAUGGAGGAUCUCCUGUCGCACGAGGACCAUGCGCACAAGCACGACGUGCCGUUGGGCUUCACAAGCAGCGACAUCCCUCUGUCGGAAGUCGCGCGGCACAACAAGCCGCACGACUGCUGGAUUGCCAUCUGCGGUGAGGUCUACGACCUCACGGACUUCCUGCAGCACCACCCGGAGCAGCGCAACUCCAUCCUAGCCUGGGCAGGCCGCGACGCCACGAAAAUGUGGGACAAGAUCCCCGGGCGCUUCCCAAGUAAGCAGUGGAUGGAGUUCUUCAUGCGCCCGGAGUUCAAGACUGGCAAGGUGGGACCCGAGCCACCAGUGGACAACAUCAUCCGUGAGCUCCGUGAGCUGCAUGACGAGCUGCAUCGCCUGCAGGGCCCCUCCAAGGAGGAGAUCGAGGCGGUGAAGACGGCGGUGAAGGUGCCGGGCAAGACGGACGCCCCGACCCUCUCAGAAGAGAGCCGGUUCCCCAAGCUUGCGGAGAUCUCCGCGGGAAAGGACUUGCCUUUCUUCACCCGUGCGGAGGUUGCCCAGCACAACACGGCCGAGGAGCCCUACAUGAUCAUCCACAACCGGGUCUACAACCUGAAGCCCCUGAUCGGCAGCCAUCCGGGUG